GUAACCUGCACCUAAACCGCAAGUCACAUGGACUUUUUCUCUGUUCUCUCUCUCUUUUUAUAGUUUUGCUCACAACGGAGGUUAUGUUUUUAGUUAGCUUCCUCAAUCAUGCAAGGUUCCUUAAGCAAUGCCAGCCUGUGAAUGACUCCCAGUUGAAUGCAAGAUGUCCUUAAAGAGGCUCAUUCAGCAGCAACGCAAUGCCAACUGUGUAAGCUCAAUUUACACCCCUUGCUUAGAACCCAUUGGUAGCCCACCCCUGGACAACAAAAGGAGCUGGUCAGUCACAAAUUCAGUGGGAACAUUGACUAGGAACUACCAGCAGCUUGCUUUAAGUAGAACAAGCUCCUUAGGUGACUCUUUGGGCCCUGAAAGAAAGUCACUUAAAAUCUUCAAAGAAGAUAAUGAAACGUUUGGAUUUGAAAUUCAGACCCUUAGAUUUCACCGCCAAGGUAACCAUGCCUUGGAAACAUGCACAUACAUCUGCCAAGUAAAAGAAGGAAGUCCCGCCUGCCUUGCUGGACUCCAAAGUGGUUAUAUUCUAACCAAUAUCAAUGGAGUGAGCACUGAAGGUCUUGGUCACAAGCAAAUGGUGGACUUGAUCAAAUCAUCAGGGAAUCUCUUAAGGUUAGUCACUGUGAAUGAAGCCUUGAUCAUGAAAAAAAUGGAACUGGAAACCAAGCUGCGUUUUUUGAAGAAAACCUUGCAAGAAAAGCUGGUAGAGUUCCAGUCUCUGUCCUUACGAGAACACCACCUUACUAAUGGGGAAAUGUGCUCGCCACUGGAUUCUGUGGGAUUAGAAGAAUCUAACUUAUUUGGUGAUUACACUGGAUCAGGAGCAGCCCUGGCAAAUAAACCCCGAUUUUCCAGUGCAAGCAGCUGUUUAAGCCACCUCAGCUCUAUGACUCUGGACAGUGAGGACAGCUUCUACCAAGCCUGUGUUUUUGAGGAUCCUGCUCAUGGGACUUUUAGCCGGCAGUCAAGCACAGAUGAUGACUGCUUCCUCCCAAGGGAUCCUGAUGUCGCCCAUUUGAAGACUUCGCUGAGAAGUCACAGAAGCAUCAGUGUGGCUAGCAGCGGGUCAAGAUCUCCAUCCUGGGAUGGAAGCAACAUCUCAAACAUUUUUGGGACACUCCCUCGGAAAAACCGAAAGGGAAGUGUUCGAAAGAGGCUGUUGAAAUUCAUCCCUGGCCUUCACCGAGCUGUGGAAGAGGAAGAAAGUCGUGUCUGACAACUGCAGCAAACUCAGAACUGCAUCCUCCAUUGAAAAUUCAGGGAGCAGCCUUUGAAAUCUUUUAGACAGAAUCUGAAGUGCAGGUACUGCAUCAUGAAUAGGGAACUUGUGGCCUCCCAGAUGUUGCUGGACUACAACUCUCAUCAUCCCUGAUCAUUGGCCAUGCUGGCAGGGGCUGAUGGGAACUGGAUUCCGACAAUAUUUGCCAUCCUUGACAUAUAGAACCUACACUUCAGAUUCCCAUUCAAUGAAAAGUCAAUGGAGGUGAAACAAACACUUGAGAGUGAAAGACUUAUGUUUCCUGAAAUAGCCUCAAGACAUUUUUGUGGACACUUUGCCACAGGACAUUUUUGUGAGGGGGGCGGUGGGACUGGCUAUUCUCUAACGACAUGAGUACAUUGUGGACCUGGCAUUAGUAUGCAGCAACUGCUAGGAACUACAUUACAUGAAGGUAUUUCUUUCCCAAGUCUUUAGCCGCUAACAAGGUAUUUAUUAUCUAGAUAAGCAAAACAAAGGCCCAGUUCACGUUUGGUUUUACUACCACAUUUUGUUCAUGCAAUUAUUAAGGGUUCAUAGUUGCCUAUACUUGGUUUACUAUCCUUUUAUGGUCACAUGGAAGAAGUAAUGCAUGAACAAGAAGUUUAUGUGUAUGUUGGUCUGCAAGAAUGCAGAAGUUCCUAAAAUUUGUGGUGGCUCAAAAAACAAAGCAAAUCUGCUAUAAGCAUAGGAGUUGCUGCAAUUUCAUAAACCAGAGUGCAAGUUUACUUAGAAUUUACACAUUAUGUCCUGCAUGGAAGACGCAACUUGAGAAUGCACAAAGGAAGUUUGACAGCAUUAAUGAACUGGGCUCCUAUAGUUAUAGCCUUCAGGUAUAAUUAUAGUGCCUGUGCCUGUUCCUUAAUAUACAGUAUGUUUUCCAGGACAGAACUCAUAAAAAGAAGUGCUUUACUACGAAGGUUUUCUUUUCUUUUUCAUAAAUAUAGUUGGAAAAACUCAGUGGUGGUCACCAAAUAGUAAAUACUGGGAAAUGCAUGUCAGAAGUUGAAAAACAAAUUAAAAAUUAAAACUCAAAGAUGCUCCCAAGUAAAAAUAGGAAAAAAUGGAUUUUUGAGAGACCCUGAUUUCUACCCAUGUUGUUUGAAGAUGCUUGUAUAGUUCCACUUCUGAAGCUGAGGAGAUCUGGGCCUGGCCAAUACCUGGAUGGCAAACCUCCUGAGAACUGUGAGCUCUCUAGAGGAAGGAAGGAUAGACAAUGGAGAAACAUAUGUAGCAAACAAAGAAGACUGCAGUUCUGUGCACAUUUACCUGGGAGCUGGCCAGACCCCAUCAGUAUAUAUGGGGAUUUUUUGCCCCAGUGUUCAUCGCUCUGCACACUGUUUUCAUUGAACCACACUUGCAAUUUCAUACAGUUUGGAGACCUCAUCUUCAGUCAGUGCGGGAGCUCUUAGUCCUCUGGGUUUAUGAGGAUGUGGUUAGGGGCACUUUCUUAUGCAUCCUACUAGUAAUAAUCUUUCAUGUCAUGGCCUGUAGGUGGAUGAUGUAACAACCAUGCAGAAGCUAAGUGUGUCUGGAUCUCAUCAGGGGCUGGAUAGGAUACUGCAUGGGAACUUUGUGUCUGCUACCUUUGAGUUCCAUGGAAGAGAGAUAAAGCAAAAUAUAUAUGUGACAGAUUAAUAAAUAAUAUAUUUUUACUGGAAGGACCCAAAGCAGGAUGUAGUACAGAGUAUUUUAUUGAU